CUUGAAGGAAAAGAAAACAAUGGAUCAGAACAACAAGCUCAGCCAAAGAUCAGUAGCAGCCUGGAUGACAAUUCUAUGGCUGCUUACCAUCAGAAUCAUAGCCACUGCAGCACAUAGAAUGUUAGGAGAUGAAACUGAAGAAGUGCAGAAAGAAAUUAGACAAGAUCAGUUCCUGACAAGAAUGGUUCAUUUCCUGUGGCAGAGUGGCAAGUCAUCUUAUGAGCCUGUCUGGCCUGAAAUGGAGUUUGGAUGGAAGAUUGUGGUAGGAGCAGUAGUAGGCUUCUUUGGAGCUGCAUUUGGCAGCGUUGGGGGAGUUGGAGGUGGUGGCAUCUUUGUUCCCAUGCUUACAUUGAUCGUCGGCUUCGAUCCCAAGUCCUCAACUGCCAUUUCCAAGUGCAUGAUAACGGGCGCUGCUGGAUCAACAGUUUACUACAACCUGAGACUGAGGCAUCCGACGCUGGACAUGCCACUCAUUGACUACGACCUUGCCCUCCUGUUUCAGCCGAUGCUGAUGCUUGGGAUCAGCAUCGGUGUCGCGUUCAAUGUCAUGUUUGCUGACUGGAUGGUCACUGUUCUCCUCAUCAUUCUCUUCAUAGGCAAGUUGGUGAUCACUAGUUACUGGAAAGAUAAAAAUAACAGUACAUCAACAAAGGCUUUAUCCAAAGGUAUAGAGACAUGGAAGAAGGAAACAAUGAUGAAGGAAGCUUCCAGGCAGAUGGAAUCACAACCCAAAACAGAUCAUGAUGAUCAUGGCAAUGGUGGUGAACAAGACUAUAAGAGGCUGCCAAGUGGGCCAGCAGCUCUCCAUGAUAAAGAUGAUGAGGUUUCCUUAUCACAGAACAUACACUGGAAAGAGAUGGCAAUGCUGGUUUAUGUCUGGGUGGGAUUCCUUCUAGUUCAACUAGUUAAGACAUAUGUUCCAACUUGCUCUGUCACAUACUGGAUCUUGAAUGCCUUGCAGGUACCAAUUGCAGUGUCUGUGUCAGUGUAUGAAGCGGUGUGGCUGUGGAAAGGGAAAAGGGUGAUAGCUUCCAGAGGGAAGCAAAUCACCAACUGGAAGUUGCAUCAGUUGUUGCUCUACUGUUGCUGUGGGAUUGUGGCUGGGAUGGUUGGUGGCCUCCUUGGCCUUGGUGGUGGCUUCAUCUUGGGGCCUCUUUUCCUUGAACUUGGUAUCCCUCCUCAGGUGGCAAGUGCAACAUCAACCUUUGCAAUGGUGUUCUCAUCUUCAAUGUCUGUAGUCCAGUACUACCUCCUCAAACGCUUCCCUAUCCCCUAUGCUGCUUAUUUCGUGGUGGUAUCGACCAUUGCUGCUCUGGCUGGGCAACAUGUGGUGAGAAAGAUCAUUGCAGUUCUUGGGAGGGCUUCAAUCAUCAUCUUCAUCCUUGCUUUGACCAUUUUCCUCAGUGCAAUCACCCUAGGAGGGGUAGGGAUAGUCAACAUGGUUGAGAAGCUGGAGAAGAGAGAAUACAUGGGUUUUGAGAACUUCUGCCGCCAUUGAUCUCAAGAUUCGAGGAUGUUGCAAAACUGUUGUCUUGUGCGAGUCAAGCUGCUAAAUAGUGUAUUUGAGUUUGGUUAUUGUUCUUCUUCGCCAUAAUAUUAUGUACGAAUAAUUAUGAAGCUUCUAAAUCUUUAUUUUGAGCUUGUUUCUUCAGAAUUAAAUGUU